CUGGUGUCAAGGGUCACGCCUGCUUUACUAACUUCCUUUUCUCUUCUAUCGUCGGCCAUAGAAAACACCCAGAAUGGGCAAGUUUAUGAAGCCUGGUAAAGUGGUGAUGGUCUUGGCUGGGCGUUACGCAGGACGCAAAGCAGUUAUCGUCAAGAAUAUCGAUGACGGCACAACCGACCGCCCAUACAGCCAUGCCCUCGUCUCGGGCAUCGACCGCUACCCCCGUAAAGUCACCACUAACAUGGGCAAGAAGAAGAUUGCCAAGAGGUCUAAGAUAAAGGCUUUCGUUAAGGUGUACAACUACAACCACCUGAUGCCAACCAGGUACUCUGUUGACAUUCCUCUGGACAAAACCGUCGUCAACAAGGAUGUGUUCAGGGAUCCUGCUCUGAAGCGCAAAGCCAGGCGAGAGGCGAAGGUGAAGUUUGAGGAGAGGUACAAGACCGGCAAGAACAAAUGGUUCUUCCAGAAGCUCAGAUUCUAGGCAUCCAUUGGUUUCUCUAAUAAAGCUGUAAAAAAUCA